UUUUAUGUAGUGCUUGUGUUGCUGUACCUGCUCUCUCUUCAUUUUUUCACUCCCUCAAAAAACGACGAUCUCCUACUUUUUCGCUUCUUUCUUUCAUCUUUGCAAUCGACGACUAUAGCCAAUGUCAUUACCGAAUAUUCAGUAACAACAACAACAGCAACGACUACUGCGGCACCAACCCAACACACACACGGUCAAAAAGCAUACCUUCCCAAGAUAACAACAGCAGGCGAUUCACCCACCACCCUCUCCUUUCUUUAACACACUCAAUACGUUGAUACCUAUAAAUACAAAUAUAUAUAACCUCAUGAUUCUACGAAUACCCUUCACACGGUCGGCUUACACUGGAGGUACGACUCCACCAUGGGAUCAGAAUGACUGGUUCCGAGCUCAUGGUUAUGAAUUACCGCUCGAUACCUACCUUUUGCUCCAGUGGUUCGCAGGCUUGAUUGUUGAUGUCGGAUUCUUUGGAUUCAUGUAUCACUUUAUCACGGACGAACCGAUCGCAGACGCCACGAAUACACUUAUUACCGCGUGGAAUCCAGAGCAAGAUUUCGUGCAGGUUGUCAAAUGGCCAUGGGCAGCCUGGAGCUGGCAAAUCAUGGUAGCGUUCAGCAUAGGCGUAAAAACAUUCAGCAUCACCGCAUCAUUCAUAUCUACGGAGGAACCGGUUGUUGCCACGCAGCGACAAGAUGUUCCACGAAGCAAAACCUAUGUUCGCAAGUACGGCAUACCGGUGGUUGAUUCAUCAACGGGAGUAUGUGGUAUAUGUCGCAUCAAAGUACCACGAUCAACGCGUCAUUGUAAGCUGUGCAACAAGUGCGUUGCAGGGAUGGAUCAUCAUUGUCGUUGGCUGAAUUGUUGCAUUGGUCAACGUAAUUAUAGAUUGUUCAUGGUGUUGAUCACAUAUACGUUCUUUGCUCUGGUUUGGUACUCGAGCGUGGCUGUAUAUACCUUGUGGUCAAGCACUUAUCAAAAAAACCUGUUUGCCGGACAAGCUUGGGAAUUGUUCCAUUCAACGUAUGCAAUGCAGUCGGAAACUAUGGAAAUAGUUAAUUCUAGCGUCAGCCGUUCAUAUUAUCUGAGCAUCGGCAUUACAGUGAUACUGGCUGGAUUAUCCCUGAUUGGAACUAUCGCAAUGCUACGAUUAUUGUGUUUCCACAUUCGACUUGCAGUAACAACUUGUAGCUUGCAUGAAUACGACCACUGUGGAAUACAUCAACCGAACGAGUCAUUAUCGCGCCUUGUACGACGACACAGAUGACGAGGACGACUAUUCUGACGACUACUAUGACGAUUUUUCUGAAGCAUCCUCGGGGCUGGAAGACGACGACGUCGACGAAGAAGAAGAAAAUGUGUGGAAACCGUCCGUAGCAUCCACACCUGCGGCAGCAAACAAAGCUGCAACCAUGCUAAUGACAACAGGAGGAGGGCAAUACAUUGUGCGCAGCUUGCGAUUACUGCGCAAAGUGGGACGGCCAUGGCGACGAUUGUUACGACGUUAUUUACCGGGCUAUAACCGCUAUCAUCAACUACACCAACGACGACGUCGAAAUU